AGUCCGGCAAGGUGUCGAACUGAAGACCGAAGUGAAGAGGAAGUACUUUUUAAAAUGAAAAUAUAGAAAAUGAUCCGUUAACGUUCUACAGACGAGCAGAGGGAGAAGCCAGCCAUGCCAGCCCAACCCCCUGUGAGGGAGCCAGAAGAGGAGAUGGGGGCAGAAGGAGAGUCACUACUCCCUGAGGCCAAUGGAGAGGUUGAGCGACAAAGAGAAAAUGAAAGAGGAGGUGGAGGAGGAGAGGAAACCAUGGAGGAGAGCAUGGAGGAGAGGGACAGUGACUUGGAGGAUAGUGAAGAUGAAGAGGAGGAGGAGGAGGAGGAAGAGGAGAGUUCAGAGAUGGAUGACGAAGACUGUGAGCGGAGGAGAGGAGAAUGUCUAGAUGAGAUGUUGGAUCUGGAAAAACAGUUUCAGGAUCUGAAAGAGAAGUUGUUUCGGGAGCGGCAGAACCAGGUGAAGGUGAAGCUGGACGAGGUGCUGACAGGGAAGGCUGGAGAGUACAGAGAACCACUGGUUGCACUACAGGACAGCAUGCAGAUACGAAUACAAGUGGCUGGGGUGUACAGAGAGCUGUGUCUACAGGUCAUCAAACACAAGUAUGAGUGUGAACAACAAGGAGCGAAGCAGCACCUGGAGAGCGAGCAGACGCUGCUGUUCGAUGCAAUGAAGACAGAACUGCUGGAAAAGAUCAGAAGACUGGAGGAGGACAGACAGAAUAUAGACCUCACCUCAGAGUGGAGUGAUGAGAUGAGGGGCAAGAAGUGUAAAAGAAAGAACCUACUGGGACGGUCGGAAAGGAAGAAGAAAGUAGCUCUGGUUUCAGGGCCUUUCAUCGUCUACAUGUUGAGAGACCUCGACAUCCUCGAAGACUGGACAGCGAUCAAGAAGGCAAAAACAGCGCUGUCACCGCUAAAAAAGAAAGUUGAAAAGCGGUGAUAAUAGGACUGACGUGGCAACAACCAAACUUCAAGCACACACAUUCCCAGCUACUUCCACUAACGGUGACGGUUUUGAAUCCAAAACCCAGAAGAUUGUUGUGUUGUUUUUCCUGCGCCUUUGACCCUCAACAGCCAAAACCAACCACCCUACUGCUUGUUUAUCUAUUGCUAUUUAAAAUAAGUUCUUAAUGAUAUGACAACCAUGUAUUUAUAGAAUGAUUUAUAAUGCUGAUUAAAAUUUUAAUCUUUUGUG